CGUUAGCUUGGCACGGCCGGGCGGGAGACGCGGAUCGCGGUGCUGGGACGGGGCCCCUGCUUGCAGCUUGAAAAGAGAAUCGACUAAUCGAGAGAAAACAUGCAGAGCACUUCCAAUUAUCUAUGGCUUUUAUCUGACGUUCUAGGACAAGGAGCCACUGCAAAUGUUUUUCGUGGACGACAUAAGAAAACUGGGGAUUUAUAUGCUGUCAAAGUAUUUAACAACAUAAGCUUCCUUCGUCCUGUGGAUGUUCAGAUGAGAGAAUUUGAAGUAUUAAAGAAACUGAAUCACAAGAACAUUGUCAAAUUGUUUGCUAUUGAAGAAGAGACAACAACUAGACACAAAGUACUUGUUAUGGAAUUUUGUCCAUGUGGGAGCUUAUACACUGUUUUAGAAGAGCCAUCUAAUGCCUAUGGGUUGCCAGAGUCUGAGUUCUUAAUUGUGCUGAGAGAUGUGGUGGCUGGGAUGAAUCAUCUCAGAGAAAAUGGAAUAGUGCACCGUGACAUCAAACCAGGGAAUAUAAUGCGUGUUAUAGGUGAAGAUGGUCAGUCUGUUUACAAACUGACAGAUUUUGGAGCUGCUAGAGAGUUGGAAGAUGACGAACAGUUUGUUUCUCUCUAUGGCACAGAAGAAUAUUUGCAUCCUGAUAUGUAUGAGCGAGCAGUGUUGAGGAAGGAGCAUCAGAAGAAGUAUGGAGCAACAGUUGAUCUGUGGAGCAUAGGAGUGACAUUUUACCAUGCAGCAACAGGGAGUUUACCAUUCCGACCUUUUGAAGGGCCUCGCAGGAACAAGGAAGUGAUGUAUAAAAUAAUCACUGGAAAGCCUUCUGGUGCCAUAUCUGGAGUACAGAAAGCAGAAAAUGGACCAAUUGAGUGGAGUCGAGAUAUGCCUAUUUCCUGUAGUCUUUCUAAGGGCCUGCAAGUACUGCUCACGCCUGUUCUUGCAAACAUUCUUGAAGCAGAUCAGGAAAAAUGCUGGGGAUUUGACCAGUUUUUUGCAGAGACCAAUGACAUGCUCUACCGAAGAAUAAUUCAUGUCUUUUCACUACAGCAAAUGACCUUACACAAAGUUUAUAUUCACAGCUAUAAUACAGCUGCCAUAUUUCAUGAAUUGGUCUACAAACAGACAAAAAUAACUUCUCAGAACCAAGAACUGAUAUAUGAAGGCCGCCGUUUAGUACUAGAGCCUGGAAGAUUGGCACAACAUUUUCCCAAAACCACUGAAGAAAAUCCUAUAAUUAUAGUAAGCAGAGAGGCUGUGAACAUCGUAGGAUUAAUCUAUGAAGAAAUUUCACUUCCUAAAGUACAUCAGCGGUAUGACUUGGACAGUGAUGCCAGUAUGGCUAAAGCAGUAACAGGUGUUGUAUGCUAUGCCUGUAGAGUUGCCAAUGCUUUGCUGCUUUACCAGGAAUUAAUGCGAAAAGGAAUACGAUGGUUAAUUGAAAUAAUCAAGGAAGACUACAAUGAAACAGUGCACAAAAAGACAGAGGUUAUCAUCAAGCUGGAUUUCUGCAACAGGAACAUUGAGAUAGCUGGGAAAAUAUACAAGAAUCUGAUGCAGAUCCACUUGGAAACAGAAAUGGAUGAAAUUUCAGAGAUACAUACUAAACUAUUGCUUCUUUCUAGCUCUCGGGGAACAAUAGAGACCAGUCUUCAGGACACUGAAAAUAAACUGUCUCCUGGUGGAUUGCUGAGUGAUACCUGGGCAAAUCAGGAAGGCACACAUCCCAGAGACAGAAAUCCAGAAAAGCUACAAGUAUUGCUGAGUUCUAUCACAGAUAUUUAUUAUCAGUUCAAGAAAGACAAAGCAGAACGUAGACUUCCUUAUAAUGAGGAACAAAUCCACAAAUUUGACAAGCAGAAGCUGAAUUUACAUGCCACAAAAGCCAUAUCUCUGUUCAAAGAUGAAUGUGUCAGCAAGUAUGAGACAUUUUUGGACAAGGCAGAGGACUGGAUGAGAAAGAUGCUUCAUUUAAGGAAACAGUUACUGACGCUCACCAGCCAGUGUUUUGAUAUUGAAGAAGAGGUAGCCAAAUACCAGGACUAUAUAAAUGAGUUACAAGAAGCUCUGCGACAGAAAACGUUUGCAGCUUCCACUGGGAUCAAACAUACAAUGAAUCCAAUCUAUCCAAGUUCAAACACUUUAGUGGAAAUGACUCUUGGUAUGAAGAAACUGAAGGAGGAAAUGGAAGGUGUUGUUAAAGAACUAGCUGAGAAUAACCACAUUUUAGAAAGAUUUGGUGCUUUGAUUGUGGAUGGUGGCCUACGGAAUGUAGACUGUAUCUAG